AUGGCCGCAGCUAACGCCAUCAACCCUACACCAACUCAAUGGUCGUCGCCAAAUGUCGAGGCAAAGAUGAAUCCACGACCGCAGGCCUUCACUAGAAACGGGUUCACAAUCACAACUCAAAAACUGCCUAUCCUCAAAGCUGGUCCCAUCGAAGAAAUGACGAACAAACUUGGAAUCACUCCUCCAGAAAUGAUAUUCGGGGACAAUUUUGUAGCGAUCGAGCACAAUGUCAGUGGAUGGGGUAUAUCAUUUAAUACGUUUGACGCUUUGGACAAAGUCGACAAGACUGGGGCUGCAAUGCUCAAAGUUGCAUACUCCAAAGAAUGGCAAAAGAGCAGGGAACGCACUCACGACGGCAUAAAAGAAGUUGUGAAACCUUUUGACUGGUCCUACAGCACCGACUACAAAGGAACUGAGAAACCCGACGCCGCACCACUUAGUCCAUCCGACGUUGAAAUUCCAAUCGAGCUUCUCAAACGACCGGACCCAAUCUUGUUCUUUGACGACGUGAUGCUUUACGAGGACGAACUAGCCGAUAAUGGUAUUUCCAUGUUGUCUUGCAAAAUACGCGUUAUGCCUGAUCGCCUCCUCCUACUUGCUCGAUUCUUUAUGCGAUUGGACAAUGUUGUCUUCAGGCUUAGGGAUACGAGAAUAUACGUGGACUUCAACAAAGCCGAGGUAAUUAGGGACUAUCAAGCUCGGGAAAUGGGCUAUGAAGACGUACGAAAGACCCUGGCCAGCGGUCGCGAGGACAUUGCGGCGGUUAUGAGGGAUCCAAACAGACUCGCCCAAAUUUUGCCAAUUGUCGACCGUUCUCUAGAGCGAACCGUACUUCCAACUCAAUAA